GUGGCGUUAUUAUCGUCGGUAUUAGCAGCGAGCCGACGGUUGUAUAAAGAGGAAGGACACAAGGCUUUCGCUAAGAGGCACCGCUGAGAAGGAGCACGAUCAGCUCUCUGGUGAACAUGGGCCGCCACUUUGGAAACUUGGCCAAGGUCAGGCAUGUAAUCACAUACACUCUGUCCCCAUUCGAACAGAGGGCUUUCCCCAACUACUUCUCCAAGGGAAUUCCCAAUGUGUGGAGACGGUUCACAGCUUCUUUCUUCAAAGUUGCCCCCCCAAUGAUCCUCAUGUACCUGACAUACAGCUGGGGCAACAGUGUCCAUCAGCAGGGCAAGAGGAAGAAUCCUGCUGACUAUGAGAAUGAUGAAUAAACUGCCACCUUCCUGAACGCUGCCCUCUGUUGUUAAUUCCAUCUCUGUAUGUUUAACAAUAAAGAUGAAAAAUAUUUAUGUGAAAUCA